AUGAAGGAAACUGAAAAUGAUAUCGCUGUGAAAUUUAAAGAUGCAUUUUACGUUGACAAUGUAGUGACAAGCGUUGAAAACAAAUGGGAAUUAGAGCGAUUUUCAAAGACAGCUUGUCAAAUUAUGUCUCAAGCAGGGUUUGAGCUUACGGGUUGGGUUUCUUCCUCACAGGGUGAAAAACAAAAUCAAGAUUUGAAAGAAUAUAGAUAUUCUCCUGUUCUAGGACUGUUAUGGCAACCCAAUUUAGAUACAAUAGCAUGUGAUAUUUGCGGCGUCACAACUGAAGUACAUAACAAAUGUACGAAACGGCAACUUUUGUUGAUUUCACAAAAAGUAUUUGACCCAAUCGGUUUUACCGCACCCGUGACGCUCAUUCCAAAGCUUCUAAUGCAAAGAGCGUGGAAAAAUGAUAAGCUGGGAUGGGAUCAUAAACUUCCAUCUGAAAUAGUGGAGGAAUUUAAAAACUGGCUAUCCAGCUUAGGAUUUUUGAAAAUAAUUCAAAUUCCGCGUUAUUUUGGAGGAUUAAUUAAUAAAUCAAAUACUACUAUUCACAUGUUUAGUGACGCUAGUGGGAAAGCCUUCGCGGUGUGCGUAUUUUUGCGAAUUGAAUGCGAAAAAAAAGUUCAAAUUAAAUUAGUGCAGGCAAAAUCACGUGUCGCUCCUCAAAAAAAGGAUCCCAUCACCAAAAUCAAAAUGUCUAUUCCAAAAUUAGAAUUUUUAGCUGCACUGAUAGGUACUCGUCUUGUUCAGACAGUCAAGACUUCAUUAAACAUUUCUGAUAUCGAAACCUUCUAUUGGACUGACUCUAAAGUGGUUCUUUGUUGGAUCAAAAAUCCCGGAGAAUGGAAAACUUUUGUGAACAACCGAAUACAAGAAAUUCACUUGAACUCAUCUAAAGAACAUUGGUGUUAUAUCCCAUCUCAAAUGAAUGCAGCGGACAUCGCGUCUCGUGGGUGCAACGCACAAACUCUUUUCAGUCUUCGUUGGUGGGAGGGUCACACAUGA